AUGUGUACAACUGAUCCUCUUAAACUUGAUAAGAAAAAUUUAACACGACUGAUUCAAGAAAAACACAAAUCAAUAUCGUAUGGAAAACCAAAAGAAACAGCAAAAAUGUCGAAAUGCUGGAAUCAUUUUAAUCAAAUUUAUGUUGAUAGUGUCAAACAGGAUUUUGUAGUUUGUGACGGUUGUAAAUCGAUACUGGUUUAUAAAUCAACAACAGGAUCAGGUUGUAUGUUAAGUCAUUUACAGUCUUGCCAGGUCAAAGAACAAAAUCCCAAUUCAACAAGUUAUCAACAGAAAAUGAAUUAUUAUUAUAGUUUAUCUUCAAAUGAAAAGAAAUCUGUACCAAAGCGUGUGAAGGAUGCUGUAACAUCUGCUUGUUUUCAAUCGCGAGUAUUUUUAAUUGGUUGUUAUCCAUAUGAAUUUGAAAAUAAACAUGCACCAACUGUUCGAUUAUUUAUUGAUAAUAUUCUCAGUGAUUUUGGUUUGAAACUCGAUCCCGAAAAAUUCAUCAUGACUGAUAAUGAACCAACUAUGAAAUGUACACGUUUUGGUGGUGCAUAUGAUACGCUAGUUGUGUUCUCCAAUGUCUUCGACGAAUUAGCCGAAGUUUUGGAUACGAGAUUAUUAUCAAUUCAUUCAAAAAUUGACAAAGAUUUAUUGUAUGAUGUUUGUGAAUUUUUAUUUCCAUUCGUUUCAGUACUUGAUAUUCUGAGUGAUAGUAAACGACCAACGCUUCAUCGUGUAUUACCAUUAAAACAAUCCUUAAUCAACAAAUGCACUGUUAAUGAUGCCGACAAAGAAGGAUUAAAAGAGGUGAAAUAUUUCUUGGCUAAAAGAUUGAAGGAAAAAUGGCAAAUAUCAGAUGAACAUUUGAUUGCCACAUUGAUUCAUCCCAACUUGAAACAUUUUCACAUGUGUCCUCAAUUUCGAGAACGUGCAAUAGAUUUGCUGAAAAAGGAGAUGGUAAAGCGUCAAAACGCUUCGUCUACUGAUACAUCAUAUACUGCAAAUUCUCCAACAUUAAUCUCGUCAUCAUCAGCUUUAGCACCAGCAUCAACUAGUAAUUGUUCAUCUGCACGAAAAAAUCUGUUACUCGAAAUAUUCGACAAACAACCUGUCUUACCAGAAAAAAGUCCUGCUGAAGAAGAGUUACAGAAGUAUUUAACAUCUACAUACGUUAUAGAAAAUGAAGAAGAUGAUGACAUACUCUCGUUUUGGAAUGAACACCAGAGAUUCUUUCCAUUAACUGCUUUAAUCGUUAGACGUGUAUUAUCUAUUCCCGCUUCUAAUACAUUUAUCGAGCGUUUAUUUUCAUCGUGUAA